AUGGCGAAUUUAGCUCUGACUGGUAUUCUUGAAAAGAUGACUGGGAAGGACAAAGAUUAUAGAUACAUGGCCACCUCCGAUUUGCUCAAUGAGUUAAGCAAACCGACGUUUAAGGCCGAUGCUGAUCUUGAGGUAAAAUUGACGAACAUCAUCAUACAACAGCUUGAUGAUGCAGCUGGAGAUGUUUCAGGACUUGCUGUCAAAUGUGCAUUCAGUCUUGCACCGUUAGUGAGGAAGGUGAGUGAGGUAAGGGUGGUGGAAAUGACCAGUAAACUAUGCGACAAAUUGCUAAACGGGAAGGAUCAGCAUCGCGACAUUGCUAGCAUAGCUUUGAAGACAGUUGUUGCUGAAGUUUCUACACAGUCUCUUGCACAAUCUAUUCUCCACACUCUCACGCCGCAAUUGAUAAAAGGAAUUACUGGUCCUGGAAUGGGCUCUGAGAUUAAAUGUGAAUCUCUGGAUAUUUUGUGUGACGUCCUUCAUAAAUUUGGGAAUCUAAUGGCAGCUGACCACGAAUUAUUAUUAAGUUCCUUGCUUUCUCAGUUGAGCUCUAAUCAAGCUAGUGUGCGUAAGAAGACUGUGGCAUGCAUCGCAUCUCUCUCUUCAAGCUUGUCAGAUGAUUUGUUGGCAAAGGCAACAGUUGAAGUUGUUUCUAACUUGAAAAAUAAAGUUGCAAAGUCUGAAAUGAUACGUACAAAUAUACAGAUGAUUGGUGCUUUGAGUCGGGCUGUUGGCUACCGAUUUGGGCCCCAUCUUGGAGACACUGUUCCAGUGCUAAUUAAUUAUUGUACUAAUGCGUCAGAAAAUGAUGAAGAGCUCCGCGAGUACAGCUUGCAGGCACUGGAAAGCUUUCUUCUAAGGUGUCCAAGGGAUAUUUCUGUUUACUGUGAUGAAAUUCUUCAUCUGACGCUAGAAUAUUUAAGUUAUGAUCCAAACUUCACUGACAACAUGGAGGAGGAUACUGAUGACGAAGGUCUUGAAGAGGAGGAGGAUGAUGAGAGUGCAAAUGAAUAUACAGAUGAUGAAGAUGUCAGCUGGAAAGUUCGCCGAGCAGCAGCUAAAUGCUUAGCAGCAUUGAUUGUUUCUCGUCCUGAGAUUUUGUCAAAGCUGUAUGAUGAGGCCUGUCCAAAACUAAUUGACAGAUUCAAAGAAAGGGAAGAAAAUGUCAAGGUAGGCCCAAAUAAAGAUUUUAUUUUUGGUCUUUACAGCGCAAGGUUACUUUUUAACAUGGAGGUGUUGCAGAUGGAUGUAUUUAAUACUUUCAUUGAGCUCUUGCGCCAAACUGGAAACGUCACAAAAGGACAGAUUGAUGCAAAUGAAAUGAGGCAAGUGGCUAAUGCUUUUCCUAGUAGUGAUAUGAAUGAACUUCCACAAUCAUUAUCACUUCAGCUUUUCAUUCCUCGAUGGUUGUUGAAGCAAGAAGUGUCAAAGAUCGUCAAAUCUAUAAAUAGGCAGUUGCGUGAGAAAUCUAUCAAGACAAAGGUUGGAGCCUUUUCUGUUUUGAAAGAACUUGUGGUUGUAUUGCCCAACUGUCUUGCAGACCACAUUGGUUCUCUCAUUCCAGGAAUUGAAAAAGCAUUAAAUGACAAAUCAUCUACCUCAAAUUUGAAGAUUGAGGCCCUAACAUUUACAAGAUUGGUAUUAUCUUCACAUUCUCCUGAUGUUUUUCACCCUUAUAUCAAGGGAUAUGCAUGUGCUAUGUUUAUUGUCAUGUAUUGGAAUAAACAUAUGGCUGCAUUUUGGGAUCAAUUGCAUUUAUAUUUCUAUUCGCAGGCUCUUUCUGCUCCUGUUCUGUCAGCUGUUGGUGAGCGCUAUUACAAGGUCACUGCAGAGGCCUUGAGAGUAUGUGGAGAACUUGUUCGGGUUGUGCGGCCAAACAUUGAGGGAUCUGGUUUCGAUUUCAGACCAUAUGUUCAUCCCAUAUAUAAUGGCAUUAUGUCACGCUUAAUAAACCAAGAUCAAGAUCAGGAAGUUAAGGAGUGUGCUAUCUCCUGCAUGGGACUCAUAGUGUCGACAUUUGGCGACCAUCUAAAUGCAGAAUUACCUGCAUGUCUUCCUGUGCUUGUUGAUCGGAUGGGAAAUGAGAUAACCCGACUUACUGCUGUCAAGGUUGGUCAGUGGAAUAUGGCAUUUGCAGUCAUUGCUGCUUCUCCACUUCGGGUGGAUCUAUCAUGUGUUCUGGAGCAUGUGGUAGCAGAGUUGACUGCAUUCCUUCGAAAAGCUAAUCGUGCACUAAGGCAGGCUACCUUGGGAACCUUGAACUCACUCAUAGUUGCUUAUGGUGAUAAGAUUGUGUUGUCUGCUUACGAAGUUAUUAUUGUAGAACUGUCUGGACUAAUUAGUGAUUCUGACUUGCACAUGACAGCUCUUGCCCUGGAACUCUGCUGCACAUUAAUGGGCGACAAGAGGUCAAAUCAAAGUAUUGGUUUAGCUGUUAGAAACAAAGUUCUUCCUCAAGCUCUAACAUUAAUUAAAAGCUCAUUGUUGCAGGGGCAAGCACUUUUGGCUUUGCAAAACUUUUUUGCUGCUUUAGUCUACUCUGCAAAUACUAGUUUUGAUUCUCUGCUGGAGUCGCUGCUUGCCUGUGCUAAGCCUUCUCCCCAGUCAGGUGGCAUUGCUAAACAAGCUUUGCAUUCCAUUGCUCAGUGUGUGGCUGUUUUAUGCCUUGCUGCUGGUGAUCAGAAGUGUUCAUCUACAGUGAAAAUGCUUACUGACAUUCUGAAGGAUGACAGCAGUUCUAACUCAGCUAAGCAGCACCUUGCCCUUUUAUGCUUGGGGGAGAUUGGUAGAAGGAAGGAUCUAAGUACACAUGAACAAAUAGAAAACAUUGUUAUUGAAUCUUUCCAGUCCCCUUUUGAAGAGAUCAAGUCUGCUGCCUCAUAUGCUCUAGGUAACAUUGCUGUUGGUAAUCUUCCAAAAUACUUGCCGUUUAUCUUGGAUCAGAUUGAUAAUCAACAGAAGAAACAGUAUCUCUUACUUCAUUCUUUGAAAGAGGUAAUUGUGAGACAAUCUGUAGAUAAAGCAGAGUUUCAAGAGUCCAGCGUGGAGAAAAUACUUAAUUUACUCUUCAAUCACUGUGAAAGUGAGGAAGAGGGAGUGCGCAAUGUAGUGGCGGAGUGUUUGGGCAAAAUUGCUCUAAUUGAGCCUGUAAAACUUGUUCCUGCACUCAAGGUAAGAACAACCAGCCCAGCUGCAUUUACUAGAGCUACUGUUGUCAUUGCUGUGAAAUACUCUAUAGUUGAACGUCCAGAGAAGAUAGACGAGAUUAUAUACCCUGAAACAUCAUCAUUUCUGAUGCUUAUCAAGGAUAACGAUAGGCAUGUUAGGAGGGCUGCUGUUUUGGCUCUAAGCACAUUUGCACACAAUAAGCCAAAUCUCAUAAAGGGGCUUCUUCCUGAUCUGUUGCCUCUUCUAUAUGAUCAAACAAUUGUUAAGCAAGAGUUGAUACGGACAGUUGAUCUUGGUCCUUUCAAGCAUAUUGUGGAUGAUGGACUGGAGUUAAGGAAGGCAGCUUUUGAAUGCGUAGACACAUUGCUGGAUAGUUGUCUUGAUCAAGUGAACCCCUCAUCAUUCAUUGUUCCUUAUCUUAAAUCUGGUUUGGACGAUCACUAUGAUGUUAAAAUGCCAUGCCACCUGAUACUUUCAAAACUAUCUGACAAGUGUCCUUCUGCAGUCUUAGCAGUGUUAGAUUCAUUGGUUGAUCCACUCCAGAAGACUAUUAAUUUUAAGCCGAAGCAAGAUGCUGUCAAGCAAGAAGUGGAUCGUAAUGAAGACAUGAUUCGAAGUGCACUCCGAGCUAUUGCAUCCUUGAACCGCAUAAGGUUUGUUUUGACCAGUUUGUGA